UUUAUGUGAAAGAAAUGGAACUAAUACUAAUUCUAACUAUCUAUAAAAGGAAAUAUGUAUUAGAAUAGUGUAGAAUUUGCGCACAUUGAGAAAGUUUAAAAUUAUAGAUAUAAGGGAAUGGAAUUGAAGAUGUAUGGAAGAUAAGAUAAUUUAAUAUAAAAUUUGAAUAGAUUAAAUGUGAAUAGUGUUCUUAUAGAUUUAAAAUGCGAAUUGAAACAAUAAAUAGAACAGAUUUAAAGAGAUUAUUCAAAAGUACUAAUUACUCUUAUUAGCGGUUUUUUGGUAUCAUUCUAUUAAACUUAGCCUUAUUUAUAGAAUCCCAAUUAUCAAAUUUAGGUGCAUUGA